AUGACCUUACCCGCGCGUGCCCGGCAAUCAUCUGUGUCCGACGAGGCAGCGUCAACCGCAGUCAGCCUCGCUGCCAUCGACUGGGACGUAGCGCUCGUAGACAAGGACGUAAGGAGGUUGCUGGAGGUGCUCCAAGACGAUGGCGCCGAGGGCAAGACCUACGCCGGUCGCAGCAACUCCACACCCCAGGGCAAGGCCUUCCUGCAGAACCAGGUGGACGGGCUCAUGAGGGAGAAGGCGCAGUACAAGGAGAAGAGGAUGGUCCUGAUGCAGCGGCAGCAGGAGCUCCAGGGCGGCGGCGGCGGCGGCGGCCGCGGCAGCUCGGCCAGCGUCGCGAACAGCAGUAGCGAGCUUCCGAAGGCAACUCCGCCUUCGCUGCCCCAAACGCCCACCAACGACAACAGCACGCAUUCUACGUCGAGACGAGGCUCCUUCCCCCUGGGCCCGAGGCCAUCCCCAGCGCCGGGAAGCUUGCGGGCCCCAUCGCCGGCAAAAAGUGCCACCGAAGCAGAAGACCGACGAGCGGUGGCGGAAACCACGGUUUUGUGGAAGGAUACCGUGACUAGUGGAACCUACGAUGCCCCCAAGAAGACGGCGGCUCUCUAUGCGCCGGACGGAACUCUCUGGGGAACAGUCUCGGAGGAGGUCCGCGACACCCCCCAACAGAUCUACGCCUAUUUCGACUACUUCGCCCGGCUUCCCGAGCUGAGGGUGGUGGAGUACACCCCCGUUGCCGUGCGCGUGUACGGGGACUUCGCCGUACAGGCCGGCACCUACACCUUUUCCUGGCAGGCGGAUGACGGUGCCAUCGUGGAGAAGAGGGCCCGCUUCAGCUUCACCUUCCGGAGGGACAACCCCGGCACAGAACGCCCCUGGACUAUCGUGGAGCACCACUCCUCGUCCAUGCCCACGGCACCCGCGGGUCUCAAGGCGGUUGGGGUAGGCCCGGGUAUCCCUCGCGGCCCUAAGGUCGUCAAGGAAACCACUCCCGACCAAAAAGCCGUGGCCGCAACGGCGGUGGUGUGGAAGGACACGGUAACGAUGGGCACAGACGACACUCCUAGGAAGACGGCGGAUCUUUAUGCCCAGGACGCUACUCUUUGGGGAACGGUCUCGGAGGAGGUCCGCGACACACCGGAGCAGAUCUACGCCUACUUCGACUAUUUCGCGCGGCUCCCCGCGCUCCGGCUGGUCGAGUACACCCCGGUGGCGGUGCGCGUUUACGGGGACUUCGCGGUCCAGGCCGGCACCUACACCUUUUCCUGGCAGGACAACGACGGUGACACCGUCGAGAAGAGGGCCCGCUUCAGCUUCACCUUCCGGAGGGACCCCAACAAGCCCCAGCAGUGGGCGAUCGUGGAGCACCACUCUUCGUCCAUGCCCACGGCACCCGCAGGGCUCAAGCCGGCUAUGUCGGGCACGAACCUCGCGGACCUGACCCACGACACGGGCAAGGCGACGGCGACAACCGCUCCCUCGUCUUCCGCCACGCACUCCGCCGCCUCUGCCCGCAAUGAAGAUGCCGCCCCGACCGAAGCCGGAGGAGCGGGAGCAGCAGCAGCGGCGACAGGCAGCGCAGCCGCCACCACCACCACCACCACCACCACCACCACCACCACCGCAGCGGCGGCGGCAGCAGCAGCAGCAGGGGUAGACUACAUGCGAUUUCCGGUUACGGAGGAAGGGGAGGGCGAGGAGGGUGCGUCGGCCACGGCUCCCUCGGAAUCGAUCUUCAAGAUGCUGCCGCGUACCGCGUGCACGGCGGCUUGCGGGGCCGCCGUUGCCGCCGCGAUCGUUGGGUUUGUCGCGGCCGUGCUCAUGGCACCUGCUCUGUCGUCCACGGACCUUGAGGCGGCGCCUAUCGGGAAGGUCGCCGUCGUUAACGUUGCCGCGGCUGUCGCCGCCGCCGUCGCGACCGGGCUCGCCCCCGUCGGCGGUGCUCUCAGCCGAAUGUAACCGAUGUUUAUCGUCGUUUUCAUCGUGGGGGAAGUUGAGUCGUGUGGAGGGUGGAUGAUGCUUUCUGGUUGUAGACAGAGGGUCGUGGUUGUGCUUCACCGAUGAUGAAACGCUUUGGUCCCUUAGAGAUAGCGGUAGAGAGGUAGCAAGCAACCACUUCUCCGCCCUGGUUCGGUUUCACCAAGACACGGUAGCCAAACCCAUCACGCACGCUGGCCUGAGUUAUUUUUUAUGAGCCCGAUUGGGGACAAGCACGGGCGUAGACACGCGCCUCGUUGGGGUAGUUUCAGUGCCGGCCGGAAGCUCGGACCCAAGCUGGGCACGGCAAGCGGUUUCUCGUAGGGCGACUUUGUGCCGUAUGUUGUAGAGAUGCUGGACGAGGGAUGCAUCUCUACCAUACUAAGAAUACUCUUGAGUUUUCAGAAAAAAGAGAAAAGAAGGGCCGCCGUGGCUUUUCAUUCGUCACCAACUAGUGCGGGGCGCUCAGGAACAGAUUUGAGAAUCUAUCUCCAGUAACUUUGUCUAGGAAUACCGUAGGUGCGUGCGGGCUUCCGAUUGUUUUAUGCCGUUGGUAGACAUGAGAGAACUUCCGUGUGUGUUUUCAUUUCAUUCUAGAUGUCGUAAAACAAGCUUUGACUUGAAGCAGUUUUGAAGGUGGCGCGGCAGAUAGAUUCUGUUUCUGUCUUCUUUUUUUCCAGCCGCUAGCCACGCCGAGCCUACUGUUCCUUUUCACCUUGUCUUAGUCGUAGCAGUACUUGUGGGAGCCCUUGGAUGGAUGGAUGCUGGGCACCCCUCAUCGGCCAGUCAGUAGUGAGAGAAUUCUCUA